AUGCCGUCAAAUAAGACAGAUACCAAGCGCAAGCGCUCCUCUGAAAAUGAGCGCCCAAACAAGAAGUCAAGUCUUCAAAUGCUUCCCCCGCUGGCAGCCAGCGUUGUUGAAGAUAAGAGCGAGCUGGCGCCGAUAAUUGCCGAUACUCCUGGUCUUCAGAGUGCCCAAUCCCUCCGCUGGAACCCAUAUAUCAAGAACCGCUCCACUGCCUCCAAAUCUGCGGCGGUAUCCCGGAACCCGGGCAUUGUCUCCUCGGAGAUGCUCCUGCAGUCCUCAGACCACGCCAAGCUGGACUUUGUCGGCCGUGAAGGCACAGGAGAUGACACAGACUCCCAGGUGAAGCACUACGUCGCAGUCGUUGACCCGGAGAGCAAGACAUGGAAGGUUGUCGAGGUGCGCCGGGCAACUCUCCGCGGUGCAGUCCGAAGCAGAAAGGCCGCGGAGGAAGACUCAGAUGAAGAGAUGAACACCAUGCGCGCCCAACGUACAGCCCUGACCAACACCUUCGGAACAAAGCAAUCCCGCAAGGCCGUGCAAUCCAUGGCCGAGAACGCCCAGCUCUCCAACGCCCCAGCAGGUUCAGUCCCCGAAUCCGGUGCAGCACUCAUCUCCACCCUGCCAGCAGACACCGCCUCUGGCCUGGCAAAGGCCCACGCCGUGCAAGCCGAAGUGCAAGCAGCCAAGCCCCUCCCAACCCCCAACCUGAACGUCUCGCACCCAUCAGACGUCUACACAAUCGACACCCUAGUGCCCGGCGGCCCCUCUACCCUCCGCGCACUGAACGGCGUCGACGAAUGGAAAUCCCAAGUCGAAGCCGGCCUGGGCGUGACAACAGUCUCGCGCUUCGUCUCAAACCGCGUCGGCCCAGUCGUCAAUUCAGACAACACAACACACCUCCAAGUCCUACGCUUCAUCCAGCUCCUCAUCGAAUUCGGCCGUUCCCUCAAGGGCAUGGGCGCAAAUGCCAAGGGCGGCGGCCCGGGCAGCAAGCGCCUCCCUCCCCGCGAGGAUCUCCGCCGCCUCCUCUCCAGCACAACCGGCUCAGCCGGGAAGCCUGGUGCUGCCGCUACUGCUGCUGCAACCGACUCCGCCUCUACAGAUCUCCUGCCGGAGUCAGUCAUCGACGCCGUGCGCCGCCGUUUCGCGCCGAGCGGUGGCUUCGUCUCGAAGAACGAUCUUACCCUCCUCCACACGACUAUCUGUGCUUUGUCGUUGCAUAUUCCGCCCCAGCCUGCGCGUGAUGGUGGAUCUAGCUCGUUGGGUGGGAAUGCGCCUAACGAGCUUGCUACCGAUCCCUCUGAUCUGCGUGAUGAUCUGCGUUUGGAUUCGAAUACUAUUCAGCAGUAUUUCCGUGAAUUGGGUUGUCGGAUUGAUAAGCCCCGUGAGACGGAGUUCGCUAAGUGGAAUAUUAAGGGUGGAAAGGCUGAGGCGCAUGCUCGUCGUGUUGCGAGGUUGCGUGUUCCUGUUGAGUUCCCUAAGGUCAGCCGUGGUGGUCGGAAGUAG